UGUAAUAAUAAUUGUAAAAAAUGCGUGAUAAAUAUAUUUUUUUCUUAUUGAUAAAAUUAUUAAUGAUGGAAAAUGUGACUCUAUCAUCAGCAACAAUAGCUGACGAAACAGUUGCUGUAAUUGAAAGUAUUGCAAAUAUUACAAUAAAUACAAUUUCUAAUAAAAAUUCAACAUAUUUUCAUUCAAUAUGGAAAAUAAUUGACAAUUAUGAAUCAAUUCUUUAUGAAUUAAAUCAUUAUCCAGAAAUUAAUCUACAAAUAACACAAAAUUUAAUUAUUGAUUACGAAAAAAGAAUUAAUAAUUAUUUUGAAAGAAUACAAUUUUUACGAGAAAAAACUGAAGAUUGGUCGAAAUUAUUGAAAAAACAAAAUAGCAUGAAUCUUUUUGAAUUAACAAAAGAUAUGAUAUCAAAUGACGAUGAUUAUCCAAGGUCAACUAUUACAAAAUUACACAAUAAAUUUUUACGAAGACAAGCUGAAGUAAAUUUUCUAUACAAUCAUCCAUUAUUACAGUUGAAAAAUAAAUCACGAUGUGAGGAGGGUAUGUCACAACAACAUAAAUUAUAUUCAUUUUAUAAUACAAUUCUUUUUGCGGAAGUACAAAGUUUUGGAAUAUUAGCAUUUUCAUAUAUGUGGAGAUCUAUUAAUAAUAAAUUUGAUUAUAUUGAUGAAAUGAUGACUGACAUGUCUGAAUCAAAAAAUAGAAUUGGUAUUUACACUGAGUCAAUUAAAAACGAAAUAACGAGAACUUCAAAUUUUAUUCGACGAUGUGAUCCAUUAAAAAAUCAUGAAAAAGGUAAAACAUAUGAAAAAUUUGACAAUCUCAUAUACUCUUUGAUAAUAAAUCAAAAACAUUUUGAACCAGCGAAUAAUGUGCAAUGUGCAGCAGAUUGUGAAGAUUUUUCAUAUACGAGACGACUUUGUCAAUUACAAGAUAGUGAUUGUUCUGUCGAUAAUCAUGAUUAUGAUAAUACUUGCCCUGGUUGGAUUUUUGAUUGCAAAGACACCUUAUCUGAUGCCUAUGAAGUUUGUCGAAGAGAUCAUCAAGUAGAUAAAUCAAGUACCAAGCUUUAUAAUUGGUUUAAAAAUAAAAACACUGGGUUAACUUAUGGUGACACAAAUCGAACAUGCAGUACAAGAGAAGAAAUAGUAAAAGAAAAAAUGAGCUGGUACAAUCCUUGGUCAAAUGUUUGUAAAGUUUGUAUGUGUAGCUGUGUUGAUAAUCGUAUUCACACUAAAAGCAAUACAAUAAGAGCUUUUAGUUUGAUAUGGUCAACAACGAGUGAAAACAUGGUUGCAACUGGUGCACGACUUGUUGCUAAAGAUCGAAUGAUUCAUAUUCAACUUCGAGAGGGAAAACUUUUACCUUAUGGAAAAAUUGAUAAAAAUACUGAGAGAUGGGUACCACUGCCAACAUUUAAAUAUAAAAAUAAUUUUCCUGAUGAAGUAAUUGGCAUAAGAAAUUAUUCAUUAAUACGUGGUGAACAUUUUGUCUCAGUUGGAGGAGGCUAUGCUGAUAAUAUAUGUUUUCAAAAAUUAAUUCUCAACGAUACACAUUUAUUGACUGGUGUAAGAUUUGGCUUUGAUUUUUUUCAUAAAAAUCAAACACCAGAAAAUCGGUGUUUCAGACUUGAUGCAGAAUAUGUUAAUUAUAAUUAUCAGAAUGGAAGUUAUAGGAAUGAUAGAAAAUAUUUGUAUGAAUCUUUUCCAGAUCCAUUAACUCCAGUGGCUCUUUCUAAUCCUGAUAAUCCAUUGAAAUUUAAAAUAAAUAUGAAAGACUCUGAAGAUCAUCAGUUUAUAACGAUUGGAACAACUGAUUUGAUUAAGGAUGCAUCACAAACAUUUAUUCCAUUUAUUGAUCUUUUAGAAGUUACUACUAAUCCAAGUGUGCCACUUAAUGGAAUAGAAUUAUUCCACAAAGGACAAGCUAAUGGUUCAUCUGGUGGAUAUAUUUCUUUGAAAAUUUAUCCAGUAAAUUUAAGGGGUUAUCUAUAAUUAUGUUAUUUUUCUCAUUACAAGCCUCCUAUCACGUAGUAAAGGAUGUAG